UUCAACGCAAUGACGAAAACGGGAGGAAAAUCGCGAGUGAAUGUCCACGAUAAUGCGGAUUUCGUGUAUUCGUACGGAUGGAAUCGCACGAUGAUGCACGCGAUUGGGGGCUGGCCCGAGGAGAACGACAACAUCAUCGAGAGGAAUCGAAUAUUUUUCAAUGCUUUUGCAUUAAUACUUUUUGUUGUGCUACCGCAAUCAGCGAGUUUGUCAGUGUUUUGGGGAGAUCUCAAUGCUGUUAUCGAGUGUUUCUCUGUGACUCUGGCUAUCAAUCUUUCCCUCUUGAAACUUCUCUGGCUUGGAGUCCAACGACCCACUGUUCAGAAUUUGCUGGAAAUGAUGGCGCAAGAUUGGUUGGAACCGAGAACACUCGAGGAAAAUGAGGAAAUGAUGAAGAUGACUAAAAUUGUCAGAUUAAUCUCGUCUUUAAGUUUUUAUGGGACGAUCAGCCUCUUCGUGGCGUACGUUUCUGUGCAGAUACUCAUAGGGUUUGAGAUGAGGAAUGAUCCUAAUGUCGAUCCGAGACUAUCAAUUGGCUUUCUCUACACUAGUGUUUUUCCUUUCGAUACUUCUUCCCUAUCUAUUUUCAUUCCCAUCUGGAUAUUCCAAUUUUUCAUGACAUACGUGUCGAUGGCUAGUUAUUCAUCACCUGACAGCUUCAUAGGAAUGUUUGUGUUCCAUCAAUGCGGUCAACUGAAAUUGCUACGACGUAAAUUAGAGACAAUUGUUGAUAAAGAAACGAUUGAAAAUCCCCAAAAAUUCUGGAAAAAACUCGGAGAAAUAGUCAAGAGGCACGAGCAUCUCAAUGAACGAGCAUCAGAUAUCGAGGAGAAUUUCAAUAAAGUUUUUCUCGCUGUUACACUCGUCAGUAUUUUUGCAACUUGCACUCAAGGAUUCGCGGUCAUCACGUUGCUGCGAGAGACUGAUGGAAAUUUUCCAGUCCUCAAGAUGAUAUUUCUACUCGUCUUCACUACUUAUGAUUUGGGCCAUUUUUUCGUCUACUGUCUCGCCGGAGACAUUUUAAUGACUGAGAGCUCGAAUUUUGGUGUCUCCCUGUACAACAGUCGAUGGUAUGAUUUAUCUCCGAAAGAAGCGAAAUCAGUUCUCAUCUUCACAAGUCGAUGCAUCAUACCCCAGCAAAUAACCGGAGGAAAAUUCGUGGUUCUAUCUCUUCCUCUCUUUGCAACAGUUGUCAAGACAUCAGCGAGUUUUCUAUCAGUACUGCUUGCCAUGAAGAUGUAACUUGUCUCUUGG